UGUAUGUGUGUGUGUGUGUGUGUGAGUGAGUGUGUGUGUGAGAGAGAGAGAGCGAGAGAGAAAGUGAGAGAGUCCACAAGUCCACUCUGAGGGGUUAACCUCAUUCUCUUUUCUCUCGCUCUACCUCAAUUUCUCCCUCCCUCUGAUUGCCUUUUUGUUGCAGCCCCUCACUUUCUCAACAUUCGGACCGGGAGAACUGUUGCCGUGCAUGCGUGUGCAUAUAUCUACUGUAUGCAUGCGUGUGGACGCAAUAGUUUGGGUGUCCCCUCUCAAUGCUGUGGAGCUCCCUGGACUGAACUGUACGAGAAUAUGGACAGAUGGGACCUUCCCGUUGAAUGACCGCACCGCACACUGAUGGAAUCAGCACCCGAAACGAGCAAUCUAAAGAUAUAAAAAGGGGCAGUCCAGCAAAUUUCAUUCAGCACCAGAUUCCUGUGUGUUGUGCGUCACUUUGUUUCCCAUGGAUCUCAGGGUGGGAGAGCGGGGGAUGCGCCCUGGCUCCGACACGGCACUCCUUACGCCACUGCACCCGCCGUUGCUUCUCAGCCCUUUUCCCCAACAGUCCCGCACGUCCUUCUCCCAACAGCAGCUUCAACAGCACAUACGGUUUAAUAUGGAGCAGCGCAGACGUGAACAGGAACACCACGAGAAGCAACAAGAAUUGCAGCAGCUCAAAAACAAGGACAAGAGUCAACAAAGUGCAGUGGCCAGUUCACUGGUUAAACAAAAACUCCAGGAAGUCAUCUUGAAGAAGCAGAAGCAAGCGGCACUGGAAAGAACAAAUUCCAACACUUUGACUUCUACGCCAGUGACAUACAGUAAACUGGGUCCGGACCAGAAUGUUUCCUCCCACCCCCCGGUUUUAUCUCCUUCGCUGCCUUCUCCAGAGGGUUCAGAAGGGACACGUCUACGCAGGGCAGCAUCUGAGCCCAAUUUAAAAGUGAAACACAAGCUGAAGAAACAUCUCAACACCCGCCAGAGCCCGCUCACCCGCAAAGAGAGCGCACCGCCCACCAUCAGACACCGAGUACCUGAUACACUGGACUCAUCUCCCAGCAGCAGCAGCACUCCAGUCUCUGGCUGUAGCUCCCCCAAUGACAGUCUUCCCAGUGAAAAUGGGAUAGUGCCAUCUGCAGGUGGCCUCUCGCAUGAGGCACAGAAGCUGCUGCUCAGAGAUGGCACUCUGGCAAACUUUACUAUCCAGAGUCCUUCCACUCUGCCCACCAUUACGCUGGGACUACCAGCCAAUGCCAGGGUUGAAGGUGAUUUGUCCUCCCUGAAGUUUGCUCGAGGGCCCUUGGUCACAGCCGGGGCCCCGCAGGUCUUGUUGCCGCUGAGUAGAGAGGAUCAAGCGGGGCAGCUGAGCUCACAACUUCCCGUGAUCAUCCUGGAGCCGUCUGGACUAAUGCACGCUCCCCUGGUCACUGUUCCAGGACUCGACUCGGUCCCGCUGCAGUUUUCCUCCCACUUGGAUCAGCUGUCUCUGGGUGGCGCACAGGCCCACAAGCCCCUGAGUAGAACACGUUCAGAACCUCUCCCGCAGAGCCCCAGGAUGCUUCACUCACAACUCCUUCAACAGCACCACAACACGCAACUACUAGAGCGAUUAAAACAGCAGACUCACCUUGGCAAGCUCAUGUCCAAGUCCAGUGAGAAGCCCAGACUGCAUCAGAUCCCUUCAGAGGACAUGGACUCAGAGGACGGCGGGGGAACGUCGCCAUCAGAGCCAGCCUACCAGAGCAGACUGAGGUCAGAUUCUCUGAGGGAGGCUGAGCCAGCAACAUCCAGUAGUCAAGAACAGAUCAACCUACAGCAUGCACUCAUACUCAACCAGUCAUUACUGUGGGAACAGCAGAAGCAGCUGCAGCAGUUGCAUCGACAGAUGGAGACCCUGGCGGUCCCGAUGCUACGUAACGGUGGAGGCAGCGCGAUCUGCGGCCCGUUGGGUGUGCAUCGGCCCCUCUCUCGUGCGCAGUCCUCCCCGGCCUCCACAUCUCUUGCUUUGUCCGAAAAACCUCUGAGCCUGAGCGGGCAGGAGACCAGCAGCAAAUCACGAUUCACCACUGGCCUGGUGUAUGAUUCUCAGAUGCUGAAGCACCAGUGUGCCUGUGGAGACAACAGCAGUCACCCAGAGCAUGCUGGGAGAAUACAGAGCAUCUGGUCCCGACUACAGGAGAGGGGCCUGAGGGGGCAGUGUGAGAGCAUUCGUGGUCGUAAGGCAACUUUGGAAGAGCUGCAGUCCGUCCAUACAGAGCGCCAUGUUUUGCUCUACGGCACCAACCCGCUCAACAGGCUCAAACUGGACAACCGCAAACUGGCAGGAAUUCUCUCUCAAAGGAUGUUUGUCAUGUUACCAUGUGGAGGUGUCGGGGUUGACAACGACACCAUCUGGAAUGAGUCGCACACGUCCACGGCGUCACGCAUGGCCGCCGGCAGUGUUGUCGAGCUGGCUGUAAGAGUGGCCAAGGGUGAGCUCAAGAAUGGAUUUGCCGUUGUCAGACCACCGGGUCACCAUGCAGACCCCUCCAACCCAAUGGGUUUCUGCUACUUUAAUUCAGUGGCGAUUGCUGCCAAACAACUUCAACAGAAGCUCAGUGUCAGCAAAAUCCUCAUUGUUGAUUGGGAUGUUCACCACGGUAAUGGGACCCAGGAAAUUUUCUACAGUGACCCAAGCGUCCUCUACAUAUCGCUUCAUCGCUAUGAUCAUGGUAACUUCUUUCCUGGCAGCGGAUCACCCACUGAGGUCGGCUUAGGUGCUGGGGAGGGCUUCAAUGUGAAUGUGGCAUGGACAGGAGGACUGGACCCUCCCAUGGGGGAUGCAGAGUACCUUGCAGCAUUCAGGACUGUGUUGAUGCCCAUCGCCCAAGAGUUUGCCCCAGAUGUCGUUCUCGUCUCCGCCGGGUUUGAUGCUGCCGAGGGCAACCCCGCACCUCUUGGGGGGUACAAGGUGUCUGCCAAAUGUUUCAGCUUCCUGACUCGCCAGCUGAUGUCCCUAGCAGGGGGCCGUCUGGUUUUGUCCCUCGAGGGAGGUCAUGACCUCACAGCCAUCUGCGAUGCAUCUGAAGCCUGUGUCGGUGCCCUUCUUGGUGCACAGGACCAACUAUCCGAAGAGGUCCUGCUCCAGAAACCAAAUGCUAACGCCAUCUGCUCCCUGCAGACGGUCAUACAAAUUCAAAGUCAGUACUGGCAGAGUGUGAAGGCAUCCAGUAGCUCUUUGGGUCUGUCUUACCUGGCUGCUCAGAGACGAGACUGCGAGGAAUCGGAUGCUGUCACUGCUCUGGCCUCCCUUUCUGUGGGAGUUCUUUCCAACAAGAGGUAUUGGGCUCACAACUUCUCAACAUCUCGCAACCAUCUUUCAGGCAGUACAUGUCAAACAUGUACACCACACACUUAACUGCUUUGGGAAGGAACUAACACACCUUCCAGAUGAGCCAAUGGAACAUGACACCGACUCCAUGUGACCAAAUCUUCUCACUCAACUCACCUUCAGGAACUAGGCUGGCCCCACUUGUGUAGCACUGGAUCUCCAGCACCGCUCAUGAGCAUGACAGUGAGCGGGGGCGGGGGGUGUCAAAUGACCAUCCAUCCAUCCAUCCAUUCAUCCGUUUUGCCUAAUAGCCACGCAGACGCACAAACGUGGUAAAAGCACCUCAAUGCUGAGAACCCACUCGGCGGUAACCUCAUGAGACCUCACCAAAGAGCAAUACAAGAUGUUUUUUAUGAACUUGACUGACAAUGAAUUGUGCCUUUUUGUACAGCACAACAGCUCUGUGAACACACACGCACCCAUACGCAGCAUUCACGUUUCUCCUUCAAAGCACUAUGUCAAAGACGCGACGUGCCUCAAGUUUGCCUUAACGUUCAGACCGAGGGCUGCAUCCAUCGGAGGACUUUGCAUUCCUCCCUCUUUGUGCCACUUCAACACCCCCCAAAAUGCUUUUUUUGUGAAGCGCACGGCGAAAGCAUUGAAUGACUAACAUCGGGGGCCAUUGCGUGUACACGCGCGAAAGAACGACGACAGAAGAGAAAAAAAAAUAAUUGGGAAAUGUUGAGUUUUAAUCAUGUCGUGACAGCAGGUUAACCACUAUGAGAUCAUGAUUUUGUCGAAAGAAAAAGGGCAAAAAGUCCUUGUCGCUUGAUUGCACUGUUCAUUCCUUAAUGUGAAGUGUAAGAAAUUUCACCGCCUGGGUAAAAACAAUGCGCCAACUCUCUAAAAAGAUGUUUUGAAAUGCUACGUGCAUUUAUCUUUCACUCGCAACGUCUUAUGACCUCCGAUUAUCGCCCACGGACCCAAAUACUGUUGAACUCAAAAUCCCAUGAAGUCAAGCAGUAUUUGCUUUGAUUCAAUGUAGCACUGUUUUGAUUUUUAUUUUUGAAGAGCGUUUCUCAUUCCACUGUGCCACCAGAAGUGGACCAUUUGAAUCAGUCAUCAAUAAUCUUGCACGUGACACCCAAGUAGAACUGCGUGAACGCUUUUGGAAAGAAGUGUGUCAUAGGAACGACAAUAGGGACCAGAAUGUAUAGGAGCGAUGGGUAUUUUUUGGGGGGGCUACAUUUCCCAUGGUGAGAAUUAAGUAUUUAUUAAAUGUUAUUUUUAUUGGCUAACAACCCUCUGUUCAUUUCUAUUGCCAUUGUUUUUUUGGGCAGAUGAACGCUCACCCGAGGGAGUUCCCGUAGUUCACCGGUGCAUCUGCCGGUUGCAAUUUUUUCACUCAAUUUUCACCUCGUCUAUGUUCGGAUCUGGUGAUUUCACAAUGACAGAAUAGUGAACAACCUCUUUGUUAAUUUUGCCCCGUCCACUUUUUCCUUUCGAAGCCUGUGGAUAUGGUGAGGUAGAUGUACCUGGUAGACUGAUGUCCACAUUUAUAUUUAAAUCUUGAUUUCAGAAAAUAACACCAUAUAGUCCUUUCAAGUAUUCUAACUCGUUUUGUCCGAUGUAGCUCAGUUCAAGCUCAGAACAGAAGGUAGUCGUGUUGUGUACAAAAAAAAAAGCAAUGCACUGUAUAAAUCGGACAUUAUUUUUUUGAAUGCAUGUUUUGAAAAUCUCUAACCUCUUAACGAGCGUAACCACUCCGGCCAUCAUUAUGACAAAGUGUUGUCUUUUGUGGAGAGAUUGGCAUCUUUGCAAAAUACAGUGUGGAAAGUAAGUACAUUAGAAAAACCCCUGGUAGUAUUCUCUUUUUUUUUUCUUCUUCAUGGAAGAUAUCAAUCACUUCUAAACUUGACAAACAUCUGUACGUUGCUAAUGUACAUAUAUUUUGUCUUCAUUUAUUUACAUAUUUAUUCAGUGCCGAGAUAUCGGAUCAGGACUAUGGAGCGGCAGAUCCUCAAAAUCAGGUGACUCAGACUCUGGUGCAAAUUUUUAUAUAUAUAUAUAUAUAUAUAUAUAUAUAUAUAUAUAUAUAUAUAUAUAUAUAUAUAUAUAUAUAUAUAAAAGUAUGAAUGAUCGAGACAUCCCGUGUGUGUGUGUAUUAUAGACACUCUCUCUGCAAAAAUCAGCACCAAAUAGUGACAACACAAGUGAACAACAAAACAAACAAUUAUUAUCCAAUAUCAAGAUAUCCAAUUCUAUGCAUAUUUCAAAAAUUGUGUCACACAAAUCAUGCAGUGUGAAUCCAGACCGAGUCAGGGCUCGGGGAGCCAUUUUCCUACCAGGGCUCAUUUCAGUCUGCCGAAUUAAUGGGAAAAAAACAUGUUUAUUAUUCUUAUACGGUAUAUUAUGAGCAUUUGUUGGUUCAGUUCAUCUGAGGUUUUAUUUGUUUUUACAGUUCGACUUUGGGAUAAAAUGCUCUCACGGGCUCUAAAUUCCACAGCCCUGCUUUAAACCAAUGACUGUUUGUGUACCUAUUCCACAGCAUGUGGUGUCCUUGAAGUAAAUGUGUGUGUGUGUGUGUACUGUAAUUGCAGUACUGUUGUGUGAUCUGUUAUAAAAGUCCCAGUGGCUGUUUAGUUGUCUUAUGCAGAGGUCAAAAUAGCCCCCCCCCUUCUUAACUGCCUCUUUUGCUGAUGUCAUGUGUACCCUUCUUUUUAAGAAAUACACUGUAAAUAGAAUCUUCAAGACCAAAAUACACAUCAUCUGUGUGCCUUGUUGCAUUCAGUAGGUAUAUGCGUAUUGGUAACUCUUAACUAACUGGACUUGCAGUAAUACUGUCGAAAUGGAUUUUAUGCUCUUCUUUCCUAAUGACUUAUACUGUAUGUGUCGUGUUUUUCAUCCGAUUUCUUACCAUUUGUAUGUAUAGAAAGAUUUUCUAUUUUAUACUUUUGUCUUUUCCUCUUGAUUAAAAAGAAAUACUUUUGGAAAACAAA